AUGUCUUUCCAAACCUACGAUUCUUUCCCCCAGGGUGAUGCGGCUGCGGUCCCCCAGGCCCCCGUUGACACCAACAUGACCGGCCAGUCCGAUCCUACCAACGCCUCCUUCCAGGGCCCUGCUCCUGGUGAGCCUAAUGCUGCUGCUCCCCAGCAAGGUGCCGAUGGCAAGACCACUCUUUGGAUGGGUGAGCUUGAGCCUUGGAUUGAUGAGAACUUCAUCCGUAACCUGUGGUUCCAGAUGGGUGAGCAGGUUAACGUGAAGAUGAUCCGCGACAAGUUUUCUGGGUAUGCUCCGACGACGGAUAUGUAUCAGGAUAUCCAAUUCCUCUACUCCUCCAUGCAUUCUAAUAUUGGUAGUAGGAGCAACGCCGGGUACUGCUUUGUGGAUUUCUCCACCCCCGCUGCUGCUGCCAAGGCUCUGUCUUUGAACAGUACUCCUAUGCCCAACACCAACCGUGUGUUCAAGUUGAACUGGGCUACCGGCGGUGGUCUCGCUGACCGCAGCCGUGAUGACCGUGGACCCGAGUUCUCCAUCUUUGUUGGUGACCUUGGCCCCGAAGUUAACGAAUACGUCCUUGUUUCGCUUUUCCAGAGCCGCUUCCCUUCUUGCAAGUCUGCCAAGAUCAUGACCGACCCCAUCAGCGGUAUGUCCCGUGGAUACGGCUUCGUUCGCUUCUCCGAUGAGAACGACCAGCAGCGCGCCUUGACCGAAAUGCAGGGUGUCUACUGCGGCAACCGUCCCAUGCGUAUCUCCACCGCGACUCCCAAGAACAAGGGCCCCGGUGUUGGUGCUCCCAACAUGGGUGGUAUGCCCGGUGGUCCCGCUGGCAUGUACCCUCCCAUGGGUGGUCCUCCUAUGGGCUUUUACGGCACUCCUCAACCCAUGAACCAGUUCACCGAUCCUAACAACACCACUGUCUUCGUCGGUGGUUUGUCCGGCUAUGUCACUGAGGACGAGCUCCGCUCCUUUUUCCAGGGAUUCGGCGAGAUCACCUACGUCAAGAUUCCUCCUGGAAAGGGCUGUGGCUUCGUUCAGUUCGUCCAGCGUCACGCAGCUGAGAUGGCCAUCAACCAGAUGCAGGGCUACCCCAUCGGCAACUCCCGUGUUCGCCUGAGCUGGGGACGUUCCCAGAACAACUCCGGUCCCGCUGGAAGCCCCUACCGCCCGGCUCCCCCGCCUCCUCCCAUGUACCCCUCCAUGGGCAUGCCCCCGGCCCACCAGUAUGGCGGGUUUGCCCCAAUGAAGGUUAGCAGUCACCCCGGCAGUCCGGCGCCAGAACAUUGA